AACGUGGUCGCGCUGGAGUCCGACCUGACCUGGCAUCAUCCAUCGUCUUCUUCCUCUGUCUCUCCCACCAGCCCAGCUUUCCCCUUCCUUCCUUGCGCACCAAUCCAUCUGUCGGCCGAUCGAUUCGCCGCCCCCCAGCCUCGGUUUCCCCGGCGGCCACGCAAUCCAGAUCGCCGCCCGCCGCGCCGCUCAAGUGAAGGGCCAGGCUCCUCUGUUCCCUUCUCCCCACCUCAGCUCAGACUAUGCGAUUUCUUCUAGCACCUGCGUCGUUGGAUGGAUGAUGUUUACGGUAUAAUAGAGGUCUUCCCGCAGCACUUCACGCCCAACAAAGACCCCAUGGACGCUGCCGAAGGUCUGUCCACAAGUAAGAGCAACAUGGAUCCUUCACCAAGUCCGCGUAGGCGUUCUUGGACCCCGAAACGAGUCAAGGGACCUGCGUCGCUUCUGCAACUCUUGUCUAUUCCUCGCAUUAGGUGGUCUUCCAGCAACGAGGAUGACGACAAGAUCGAGUUGACCAGAGCUGAAGUAGAAUCAUUACGAAGUGAAAUCGCCGAUGCCGAUGAUAGAGAGUCCCAGUUAAAAGCCCGGUUAGAGAAUAUCGACGAAGUCUUGAGAUAUGCGCGCCUUUCUGGGUACCUCCAUAUUAGAAGUAGAUGGACUCAACUUCCUGGGGAGCCGCCUAUCAUAGACGAUGCCGAUGUGGAUGACUGGCUUCCCCGCUUUGUUGUCCUACAAGGACAGUGUUUAUACUACUAUCUGAAGUCUACAGACCUGAGCCCGCAGGAAUCGACGCUGCUGCGCGACGUGGUGGAGGUAGGUCAGCUCCCCAACUUUGUGCCGGAGGACGGGAAAACGAGAUACGCCUUCUUCAUACUGACCCGGCAGGGCCUGAGGUUCGAGUGCUCGAGCAGCUGUGAGAUACAGGUGGAUUCGUGGGUAAGGGCCGUAAGAAGCGACUGCAAACUGGCAGAGGCAGGUGCCGAGGCGAAGAGCAAGACGAGCGGUGGAUGUUGGGGAGGUUUGAUCCCCUUCCGGCUGCACGGCUUGGCGGCUCUCGGCAGCAGCGCCGGAGGCAAAGCAAAGCAAAACCAACCAAUUCCUUCCUUGCUCGUCUGCCUGCCUACUGUAGGGGGACUACAUAACCACCCAUCACUAGCAACAAAUUUCUCCCUCCCACUAUCUCUCACAACUCACAAGCAAGCAAGGAAGAAAGGUUCUCCUCAGGCCGCCAGGAUGAGCUCCUCCUCCUCCUCCAAGCUCUUCCACUCCGCCUGCAAGGCCGCCAGGUCCUUCCUCGCCUCCUCCCCCGCCUCCGCCUCCGCCCCGCGCGCCGCCUCCUCCGUCCUCGCAGACGGGAGGAACGCCGCGCUCGCCACCCUCGCCAACCUCGGCCGGAACUCCACCCUCCCCGCCGCAUACGCCCACCACACCAACGCCGCCGCCUCCUCCCACGGCUACGCAUGGAUCGCCGCCAUCCCCGCCGCCGUGUACAUGCUCCAGGAUCAGGAGGUGCAUGCCGCCGAGAUGGAACGCACCUUCAUCGCCAUCAAGCCUGACGGCGUCCAGAGAGGCCUCAUUUCUGAGAUAGUGUCCCGAUUCGAGAGAAAAGGGUACAAGCUUGUUGCCAUCAAGCUGGUGGUUCCAUCCAAGCAGUUUGCCGAGAAGCACUACCAUGAUCUCAAGGAAAGACCUUUCUUCAGUGGACUGUGCGACUUCCUCAGCUCCGGUCCCGUGCUUGCCAUGGUAUGGGAAGGAGAGGGCGUUAUCAAGUACGGGAGGAAGCUGAUCGGUGCCACGGACCCAUCGAAAUCUGAGCCAGGAACCAUCAGGGGUGACCUUGCUGUUGUUGUUGGGAGAAACAUCAUCCACGGGAGCGAUGGCCCGGAGACGGCCAAGGACGAGAUCGCACUCUGGUUCCAGCCCAAGGAGCUGGUCUCUUACACCAGCAACGAGGAGAAGUGGAUCUACGGUGUGAACUAAGCGCUGCAUCGUCUUCAGAAGAGCCAAAGAAGCUCCAGUCCCUUUCCGUAAUCGCCUCUAGACCAUGGCAGAGUGCAAUAACACCGCGACCCGGGCGACCUUUCAGUCGGUGUCGCCCUUGCCCUUGUCUUGUUCUGAUGCAAUAAGGCCCGAAGAAAUCUAAAGAGUUUGUUUGUACCUUUGAAUAUUAUAGAGCGUGCACCGAGCAAUCGUGAUGUUCAAAUCAAACCGUCGCCUUCAGGCGCUUGAUUUUGAUGGAUGUUUGUUUGUUUUCAUGUGUCCUCCAAUUCAGGCCUACAUUCUCUGCA